AUGGCGGAGGAUGGGAGCAGACAGGGGCAGGGGAGGGAGCUAUCAGGCAGAGAGGUUAGUUACUAUGGAUAUAAGUGCAAGACAAUUUUGGUACAAAAUGCUGUGGCUGUUGUGAAACCAAGAGAUCACACGGGACUGCAGGAAUUAUGUGCAUUGGCAAACUCUGUAAAGUCUUUUCUGGGACCUGUAAAAUCACACAAGUUUAUUUUUGACCAAGACACUAACGAGUGCACUUUGACCUGCUCUUCCUUCCGACUUUUGGAGAGUUUGGAUUUGACAAGUGCAGUUGGUCAGCUUUUCAACGAAACUGUUCAAGUUCAUCACAAGAUUUAUAGAACUGGAACAACAACACUGUUUUUCCUUGUUGGGGCAUGGAGCAGUGCUGUCCUUGAUUGUCUUCGGCAAGGAGUGCCUGUUGCAGUAAUAGCUUCAGUAAUGCUAGAUGGACUCAAUUCCUGUAUUGAGCAAGUUCAGACUUUACAGCAACCUGUAUACAGUGUACAUCACACAAAUGACUGUGUAAAUAAAAAAACAGAUACUUGGGAUGAAAACCGUUCUGAUUCACAGGGUGUUCAUAACGGGGCCCAAUUUGAACAAUACUCAAAGUCUUCUGUUAAAUACAUUAAUCAUGUGCCUCAAUACUGGGGACAUAAGGAACACUCUAACACCAAGGCUUGUAGGAACAGGCUGACUCACAGUAGAUACUUUACAGAUCAUGAAAGAAGUUGCCUUCAGGAUAAAGGUGUAAGGUCUAAUGAACUUCUGUGCAAGACCCUGGGCCAUUUGGCAAAGGCUCUCUGUCACGGCAAUCCAGAAAUCAUGAAUCUGGUAGAAAAUGCUUUUAACCGUCUUUAUGAAAAUGCUGCAGAAAUGUAUGGCAGUAAAGUUUUCUCCCCUUCAUCCCAGUUUCACAUUUGUUGUUUUCCAGGUCUGUCUGAAGAACAUUCAAAAGCUUCCUUUGGGUAUACAACUUUAGUAUCUCUUGAAAGUGCCACUGUGGCCAAGUUUUUUGAGAACAAGUCCUUGCAUAUACUUCUUUUAGAUGGCGAAUUGACUGAAAAUUAUCGGCAUUUAGGCUUUAACCAUUCUGCCAACCUUAGAGUGGUGUCCAGUAUUGGCAGUGGUGGGGAUACCAUUUUAGAUGAACCAUGGACAAACACAACUUGUAGGACACUCAUAGAAGCAAAGAUUGACCUGGUGUUAGUAAGAGGUGAUGUGUGCCCCCUUCUUAUGUCACUUUGUGUUCAAAGGAACAUCCUUGUUGUCCCUCAGGUGAAACAAAAUGUUCUACAGGCAUUUAGCGAGUCUACAGGAGCAGAGCCGGUGGUGUAUGUAACACAAAUUAAUCAGUACUGCAUAGGUAGUGGAGCUUUUGUAAGUUUGUAUACCAGUGGAACCAAAGUGAUAGAAACAAGCCAAAGAAUUGCUGUGAACAUAAUGGCACCAAAACUGAACCUUAUUACAGUAACGCUUUGUCACAGGCUACCGUCAAAGCUGCAGGUCAUGGAAGAUCAGUUUUGGACUUGCUCAUACAGAUUAUACCAUGCUUUGAAUAAUCAAAAAGUAUUUUAUGGAGGUGGAGCAGUUGAACUUUUGUGUCUCAACCACCUCAAGGAACUUGAAACUAUUCAAGAUUACGCAGGGCAAACCAGAAUGUUUCUAAUGAGGACUUCAGUUGUAAUGUAGAGACAAUUUGUGAGCCACACUGACAAGUCACUGCUGGACUUUAUGCCACAUAGUCAGCAACAUGAAUAAAGAGGUUGUUAUUUAAUAUGUUGGAAAUAUGUGAAAUAGUAAAUAUGUUAAGACUAUAUGUUUAAAAUAAAUGUAGAUACAGACAAAA